AUGGAGGUUCAGCACAGAUUCCUCGUGGUCACCGCACGUUGUGCAGAGGCAUUCCUCCUUCAGUUUCCGGUGAGACCCAUUCACAAAUUCUAUCCAAUUAAAUCUUACCUUAAAAUGAAAUGUCAUGUAACACUGUAUCUCAAACUGUCCCUUUGCGAGGUUGUCCUGGGUUCGGAUGCGGCACAGUCCAGCUCUGGCCUCCGGUCCAAACGAGAACGUGUGGGCAAACUUGCUCGAGGCGACCAAAAGUCAACUGGUUUCGUUUCGACGUAG